ACACACCCUGCACAGUACGGGCAAACUGCUUUACAACAGACACCAGAGGCUCACACUAACUUACAGGGAGUCAAAUGGAUUUUCUGAAGCAGGCUGAAGAAAUUGCCUCCACUGCCAAAUUUGGAGACUUGAUAGAAUUUUCCUACCCUAUCGGAUACUCACACUGGGGAGUGUACGUUGAAGAUGGUAAUGUAAUCCAUUUUGCUGUUGCAGAUCAGGGGCAACUGAUGAGCAGCAUACGUUCUUCCUUACAAGCAAUCUUCCCUGUAUGUGGUGACCUUCUUCUUGGGGAGACCAAGAUCCGCAGAGUGCCUCUUUGUGAGGUGAAUGUCCCGAAAGGAACUCAUGCCCUGAUCAGUAACAACCGCCAUGCCUUCACACCAUCAGCACCUGAGGAUAUGAGGCUACGGUGCGAUGCCCUUCUUGAUAAGGAAUUCCCAUAUCAUCUUUUCACUCUCAACUGCGAGCACUUUGCCACUUUUGUACGCUAUGGAAAGGCUGUGUGCAACCAGAUUCCUACAAGACCCAAGAAUGUAGAGUGUGUGAAGGCAACUGCAACCUUCAAAGACAUUGUCAGUGCCAAAGAAACUGCUCAAGACCAUUUUGAAUGAGCCCCCUGACUAUCUAUUUUAACACAUGGAAUUCUAUUACUUCAUUCAAUAACUAAUUAAAAAAAACCUUUUCAUUUAUUGUGCAUCAAGAUUUUGCAAUCAAAUAAACAAACUAAAAACAAACAACAUAGUCUCAUUCAAACAGUACAAGUCUAGAUGGAUACAGUCAUUUGGAAGAAAUGUUGUUGAUUUUUUAGAAUUAUACACUGAACACUGAGAUUUUAACAAUUUCCAAUUUAUCCAUCAUUUAAACAAGGUAACACUGUGUCAUCAGCAAAAAGCCCAGGAGUUACAGAGAGGGAGGUAGUUAUCCUGCUUCAGUAUCGGUAGAUGCUUUUAUUAUCCUUUAAAUAAUGAAUGAAAUCAAUUGUUUAUUUAAGUGUUACAGAAGCAUUUUCAGAAAUAAUUGUAUGAUGUGGUCUUCAACGACUCUGUGAAAGAAGAGCAAACGACACAACCUAAACUAACCUACUCAGUCACAGCUUUAAGUGAGCAGCUAUGUUGCACAAAGAAAUAAAAGCUACUAUUUCUGAGAACUCAAAUUACCUAAAAAAAAUCCUUUAUCAGAUCCCACAGAAUAACAGCCCUGACCAAUCGAUACCUGAUAGGUCUGCAAUUUCUGGUCACAGGCCUUUUGAUCUCUUUCUCGCAUCUCUGUCUGCCCUCCAGACAUUUAUGAUAAUAAAAUAAUGUGUGAAACUGGA